GCUUCGAUGCGAUCCAUGCCGCCGGAUGCUUCUGGCGCGUGAGUUUGUUGGUGCGCAACGCGCAGCACAUCUCAGCCGUGGACUAUGCAGGGCUGGCCGAGGCCGUGAAUGAUCACGUGCAAAGGGAUGAAUUGAAAGCCCGGGGCCUCUGCAACAUCUUGGUGGCUUUAGUUUAUUCGCGCUACGCAGCUUUCU